AUGAAGUACGCUAUUCGCGGCUUGGCCGAAUCCCUUCGCUCAGAGUUGCAAAUGCAUGGUAUCCAAGUACAUAUGUACUUCCCCGCAACGAUCCUUUCCCCUGGUCUGGAGGAAGAGAACAAAUCCAAACCUCAGCUUACGAAGGAUAUCGAAGGUACCGACGAAGGAUUGACGCCAGAGGCUUGCGCCCAACAUCUUCUUCGUGGUGUUGAACGCAACGAGUUCUCUAUCACAGACGGAUUGGUUGGCCUACUAUUGCGCAUAUCCUCAGGCGGAUGUGCCCCAGGAAACAAUUUUUUGCUAGAUUCCAUUUUUAUGCUUCCAAGUCGGAUUCAACUCAAAUUAUGUACAUCGGUGAUCCUGAAAUGCAGUCAAACUGGUUUCGAUUCAUGUAGCUUAGCACCGCAUGUGCUCGCUUCACUUUUGUGA